GCGGCGUCAUUUUUGUCUUGAUUUUCAACCGAAUCGGCUCGCUUGUACGUUUUCGGCGUUGCGUCUCUUCAGCCAUUUUGGUCGCGUAGUUACUAAUCUUUCGAAGCAUAAAAUCAUGUCUCACGGUCGCAACGAGUGCCGAAUCUACGUGGGAAACCUUCCGCCGGACAUACGCACCAAGGACAUUCAGGAUUUGUUCCACAAAUUCGGCAAAGUAACCUUCGUUGACUUGAAAAACCGCCGCGGGCCGCCAUUUGCUUUUGUCGAGUUCGAGGAUGCCCGUGAUGCUGACGAUGCCGUGAAGGCUCGUGAUGGGUACGACUACGACGGGUACCGGCUGCGAGUGGAGUUCCCUCGCGGUGGAGGGCCCGGUCGAUACAGCAGCAGCAGCAGAGGCAAUAGUGACCGCGGGGGUGGCCCUCGGGGUGAUCGGGGCAACCGCGGCCCUCCCGCCAGACGAUCACAGUUCCGUGUCAUGGUGACGGGAUUGCCCGCUUCCGGUUCCUGGCAGGACUUGAAGGACCAUAUGCGGGAAGCCGGCGAUGUUUGUUUUGCCGAUGUGUACAAAGAUGGAACCGGCGUCGUUGAGUUCCUGCGCCAUGAAGAUAUGAAAUAUGCCAUCAAGAAACUGGACGAUUCACGAUUCCGGUCACAUGAGGGAGAGGUAGCGUACAUCCGAGUGCGUGAGGACUCCACUAAUAAUGACGACAGAAGAGGCGGAGAAUAUCGUGACCGAUCAUAUUCACCGCGCAGACGACGUGGAACACCAACCUAUUCACCGGUACAACGCAGCUUCUCGCGAUCUCGCUCCCGCUCUUUCAACUACUAGGAGCAACACGGCUAAGCCGAAGCAGAACCUGGACGGAUCCUUACCUGUGGAUUCCAAGUAAUUUCAUUACCCUUUAUCUUUUGUUUUCAAACUCUGACGCUGCGAUGCGUUCUCCUUAAAACUUUUUUUCGCGAAUGCAACACACAAUCUACCGAGAGCUGCUCGAUUUGCGAAAGAUGCAAAUGCGGCAGUCCUAUUGUAAAUGUAGGGAUAUUUUAAUCAUUUUAAGUACAUUCCUUGAGAGGGUAACACUUCUCGCGACAGGGAAAUCUAUUAACGCGAUCAAUCAUUUUAUUCGUAACAUUUUACUACAAUACUGUAUGAAACCCAGCCAAUGUAUAAGGAAAACAAUAAGUGCUUGAACAAUCUAUCGACCAUCUAGGCUUCACUUUCGUCAAUCAAACAGAGGUUAUAUUUUAACAAAUCGUGAAAAUGUUGUCUCAAAUGAAUAUUAGUUUGGAAGGUUUAAAUAAUUUCAAAGUUUUCGUCUCUUCUUCUAGCCUGUGAAAUGCGACAUGAAGAUCUCUAUCAGAAACAUGGAUGGAUUACAUUCACUAUCAAUUAUAUUCACAAACAAUUUAUCGCUGUCUCAUCACGUCUACAUUCUAAAGCCUGUUUCUUUUUCCUCCGAACAGGACAAACAGGAUUCUUUCCUUGCUUGUACUGUUGUGCCACAAGGACCUAUCUCGCGGUUACGGAAAAGUGACUCGAUGGUUUUGUCUCCUGCUUGGACUUGAGAAAAAACACAGGAUCCCUGGAGUUUUUCGAAGGACAUUUCUCUGUUAUGACCGGAUUCCCUUUCGCUCAUUCAAUAAUAAGAUGCACCUUGAUUGGACUAAGCACAAGCGCUGCUGACAGAGGAAAAGGAUUAGGAUUCAUGACUUGCGGGAAAUGGAAGUUGUGACGCUUCGUCGCCGUCUCACUGCAAGGAUCGAACUCAGGGAUUACAGGACGACAGGAACUAUCUUCGAUACGUCGUUGACGAUUUGUCGUAUUUGAAAGCAACUAUGCACAUUGAAUGCUUGGUGUGAGGCUUUCAUUUUAAAACUUUUCUAAAUUAAAUGAAUUGUUGUAGAAGUUGUAUAAUUGCGGUGUGCGUAGAAGCAAAAUCACAAACGAUAAAAGCGAUAUCAUUUGAACCUAAGUGGAACGCCUUUUCCAGAGAAUAAGAAAAUGACUUUUCACACACUGGAUGAAUUGAAAAGGAUAUCAAGAGACAAGCGCUGCUCAUGAUCGCUCAUGGAAUGGAUCUUUGAAGACAAUUACAGAAGGAGGAUUCAAUUACGUGGAACGCAACGCUGGAUCUUUUGGGGAUAGGAAAAUGUAACCCGCAAUCGCUAUGUUUGGGAUUUUUGAGGAACGCAUGCCGAAAAUUGUCACAACAAACCCGAACAAUUCAUUGUUGGAUCAACUUGGACAAUACGGAUGUUACGAGCUCCGUUUUUCUCAAUUUUACCUGUACCGAAUUCCGCUGCAAAUUUUCAUUGACUCAAUCGAUUUAUUGGAAAUAUUACAACAAUGUCUUCCAAUGAAAAGUAUAUUUGCUAGCCCCUUAUAUUUCACAAAUUAUCUUUAAAUACAAGUGGUGAAAAUAUAUACUUUUUACGGAAAGUUUUGCUGUCAAAUUCCUAGAAAAAGAUUGUAUCAAUGGAACUAUCUGCCGGCAUGAAUCGGUUCUUUUUGAACUUUAUUACAACUUCAUGCGGAAAUGUCUAAAGCAUAUGGAGGAAAAUCGAUUUGGACAAGGAUGGAGGAGUUGGAUGAAGCGAGAGAGGACGGAAGGAAUGGACUCCGAGGGACAUCAUUUGCUUGAUCUCAAUAGUAGUUUGGAAUUGGAAGCCCCCCUGGCACCUGGUUUUGCUUAACUCGUUAGGAUUCAGGAUUAAUGGACACCGAGGGAAUAGGAGAUCUUCUGUCUUUUCAAGGCUAUAUUUGUUGAAACUGCACCCCACGAGUUGCACUUGCCAUCUUAGUUUUUCGGAACGGUUAUACAGCAAUCAGGAACAAAAACGGUGUGUAUUACCCAAUAUCUAACCUUUUUCACUUUUUACAGUCGGUGACUAGAUACCCACGUAUUAAUAUUCUCUAGAACGUUUGCUUUAUUCUAACUUUCUUUUAUUUGUGUCGGCUUUUAUUUUCAACUUUCAUAAUUCAUCUCAUAAUCCAGUUUCUGUUCAGUUGAACAAGUUUUGCUACCCUUUCUCUGCACUCACAACACGCAUUGUAAAAUGCGAAUUCGCUUUCAUGUUUCAAUUAGUAGAAACAGCAUGUGAAUUUUGGGUUAGAAUCAAAUUACUGUUUCAUCAAUGUGAAAGUGUUAACAUCCAAAGAUAUCAAAAGUUUGAUAAGUUAAAAAUUCGAUGACCGGUGUUUCCCCAACUGACUGUAAAAAUGUGGUAAACCAAACAAAAGUAUGCAGUUGUUUAUAAUUUAAGUGCGGUAGUACAGUUUUCGGAAAGCAAACUUGAAGGAUUGGCCGGGCACUUCAUCGUUGCAUCUUUACCUACAGUAAGUAAGUGUGGCGUGACAGCAGCAAGUGUGUUGCUAAGAAAAUAAGAGUGGCACGUGCGUUAUAAUAAAUGAAAAGGAUUUCAUCAAA